CUUGUUGAGGAAAUACAGCCACACACGCACUCGCCAAAUCUCGCAGUAACUGCGGACGUCACGCUCCUGUGCUGGUCUGCGACUCGCCGCCAGUUAGUUAUUAGUUACCUUGGUUCUCAGUUUGCUUAGUUUAGGAACACAGCGCGCUCGAGCUGCGGCUGCUGCUGUAAAUUAACGCUGACUUUACAGUACAGCAGUCUCGGCGCGCGCGUCCCUCUGCAAGGUGAGCGCAGGCGAGGAAGAGCCUCCUUUGUUGUUUAGGAAUCCGCCGCGUCCGUGUGAAAAAGUUGGCGGAUGCCCCCCUCACACCGCGCGCCCUCGCUGUGAAUCAUGUCGCGCCGCAAGCAGAAGCGACCCCAGCAGCUCGUGAACGCGGACCCGGGAGGCCCGAGGCUGGCAGUGCAAGAUGACCAGCUGGCAGUGAAGUCACCAUCAACCUCUCUUGCUUCAGAAGCUACCUCAUCUCCCUCAUCCUCAUCAUCCCCCACUUCCUUCCAGGAUUGCCAACCUCCUUUGGCCCUGAGGCCAUCCCCUGGGGGCCUACAUGCUCCUUCUCUCCCCAAUGAAAACUCCUCUCCUCCCCACUGGCCCAGUCACAUUGCCCCUUACACUACCUCCCUUCCCAACACCCACUCUUCUCUUUCCCCAGACUUCCCACACCCAUCCUUGUCCUCCCAGACUCAAUCCCCUCCUCCUGUACAGCAGAAAUCUGCUCACAUUCCUGUACAUCAACCUCACACUACCAUAAUAUCUCCUCAAAUGGGUGUCUCUGCAACAACCACUAAUUCCUCCACCUCCUCCUCCUCAUCUCUUAAUGCCAUUCCACAUGCAGGGAGCCCUAAUUCCGUCCAGCAGACCCCAUCCAGUUUGCCAGAUGAGCUUCAAGUUCCACCAACUUUAGCUGUACUAUUGGAAGAACUUAGGGUCUUGCAGCAAAGACAGAUCCACCAGAUGCAGAUGACUGAGGAGAUCUGCAGGCAGGUUCUGCGUCUGGGUGGGGUUGUUAGCAACCAGGACACGGCUCAAGGAACGUUGGACAACCAUCAGAGAGCCUCUGGACCUCUCUCUCCUGCUCUGCCCACCUCUUUACCUUCUCAGUCCACAACAUCUCCCAUACAAUCAGGCCUUCCAACACUGAUCUCACAGGCUGUUGUUUCAAAGCCUAACGCUUCUCUUACAAAUGGACACAGAGCCACAUAUUCCUCUUCAUCAACCACGCUAUCUUCCUCCACAACACCUCUAGUUUCCUCAGUAGCUUCUGUGCACCCUUUGUCUCUUUCAUUAGGUCUUCCCCGGUAUCUUCAUGAGAAGUCCCCUAAUACCUCCCUGAGCCAUAGCAGCUCUGUUAGUUUCCCCACACCUCCACUGCUCACCUCUAGUCUCUCCCAGGAGCAGAUACCACUUAGCACUGCUGUGGGAUCUUCAGGUGGAUCUCUGAGCUCCUCUGCAGGGCGUCAGCAGCACAUCUGUCGCUUUUGUGGGAAGGUUCUGAGCAGUGAUUCUUCCUUGCAAAUCCACCUGAGGUCCCACACAGGUGAAAGGCCUUAUCAGUGUCCAGUCUGCCUCAGCCGCUUCACAACACGUGGCAAUCUCAAGGCUCACUUUCUGCGCCACCGUGAGCAGAACCCAGAGCUUUCCCUCUCCCUCCUUCCACCUGCCUUGUCUGAGCAGAGCCAAUCAGGAUCUGGCCCUGGGGUGGUUCAGAGACGCAGGAAGCGUCGUGCGGAGGAUGAAGAGUCAUUUGCAGUUAAAGGGAGUGUUGGUGUACCUGAUGGCUUGGCUCUUGGUUUUCUUUCUGGGACAUCUCCACGCCUCUCUCCUUCCUCCUUGCCGCUGCCACCAAGUGUAGAUCUGGCCCUCUUGUCCACAGCCCAUUCCCUGCUGCAGCUCAAUCGUGCCUCUGCUGCAGCAGUGGUCUCUGCUUCAGCUAACGUGCAGUCCUCUUCUGCAUCCACUACCUCCUCUUCAUCUUCCUCUGGUAUAGCAGGGCAGUUGAAGGGUGCUAAACAGCAGCGGUUUGACGAGAAUACACCUCCUCACUCCACUUUGCAUCCCACUUCUCCAUACUCCCAGCUGGCUCAUCUCCCUAAGAUCCUCUUCCCCUCUGGCCCUUCUCCCCACCAUCCUGGUCUUGCCCUCCUCCGGCCUCCUCACCUUACCACCGCUCAUCCCCAGCUUACCUUCCCCUUCUCUCCUUAUGCCAAGCCCCAGACCUCCUCUCCCUCCUCCUCUUCUCCAUCUUCUUCAACUGCUACCUCUGACACCUCCAAACUCCAGAGGCUGGCGCAAAAGCUGGAGAAACAACCUCCAUCAAAAACUUUCACUGAUGAUCAGAGCAAUGGUAGCACCCAGACGAGCGACAUCUCAACAACCUCUAGCUCUAACACUAUCUCAGCAUAUAGACGGGAGAUGAUGGCAGCUUUGGGACUAAACCCUAACCCCAACAGUGAACUGAGCGCCCAGAGCAUCUCAGGGUCAAUCCCAUCCCUGCCUACUUUGGCCCCUAAUCAGUGUGGUAUAUGUUUGCGUGUGCUUAGCUGUCCGAGGGCACUGCGCCUCCAUCAGGCCACGCAUUUAGGUGAACGCCCUUUCCCCUGCAAGCUUUGUGGCCGUUCCUUCUCCACUAAGGGCAGUCUAAGGGCCCAUCUGGCAACCCACAGGGCACGACCAGCCAAUGCACGUACACAAAAUUCCUGUCCACUCUGCCAGCGUAAGUUCACUAACGCUGUAGUGCUGCAGCAUCACAUUCGGAUGCAUCUGGGGGGACAGUUGCCUCCUGAAGGAAAUGGAGAUUUGGGUACAGAGGAAGAAUUAGGUGCAGUCACUCUGCCUAAGAAUAUCCAGUCUCAUCCCCUUAAUAUGAGUACAACAAUUUCAUCCUCAACUGCUAGCACACUACAAUCAAGCACUCUUUCUAAAAACACAAAAUCACCCGAUGCAGAUCAAGCAAUGGAGUCAGAUCAAGAGCCGUGUGAUACGCCAGGUACUAGUCCAACUCCAGUCACUGAUCCAUCCGUAGAGAAGCAAGACCACACUGGAUCAUCUACCUGUGAAAGCCCAACUGCAAAUUCUGCUUCCUUAGAAGAGGACCAUGACAGUGAUGCUCACUCAAGCAUUGUUAGUGCCUAUGCCCUCAGUGCUCUCAAAGCCCAUCAAAAUGGCCAAAUGUCUCAGACCAGUGUUACAGUAAAUGGCACAGAUGACGAUGAGAACAUUCCUCUGUCCCUCUGUACCAGAACCAAUUCUCAGGACUCUCUGCCUAGCAACAGUGAGCUUAAAGGUGCUUCUCAUCCUACCUUGGUCAGUGGCCCAAAAUCCAGCUCAGAUUCUGUAGCUCUUGAUCUUUCUCCUGCACUCACACCACCUUCUAGCCCAUCACUUCAUUCAAAAGCAGAACUGAGUGCCUUACAGAAGACAGUGCCUGCAAAUGUAACUGGGUUCGAUCCUGAAACCAGGGAAGGAGACUUUCUUUUGGGUGAUGAAAAGAAUGUAACUAUGCCUUUAAUGACUAAUAACAGGGCUUCAGAGAAAGAAAGUGUGACCAUAAAAAACAGAGAUGUUCAGGAUGCCAAGAAGGAGGACGUGAAUAAUAUACAAGUAGAGAAGAAUUGUGGGAGUCUGGUUAAGGAUGAGGGGAAGAUUAUGCUGUCCCAAGCAAAUGCUGCAGUCAUUCCGCCACAGCCCCAUCGCCCUGAGAAACCAUACAGCUGUGCGCAGUGUGGCAAAGAAUAUGCCAGCCGCAGUGGAUUAAAGGGCCACAUGAAAACCCACAGUGGGGCAAAUGCUUCAGCUGUUGCUCCACAGCCUUCAGAGGGAAAUAUCAAGGACUCUGUGGAGUCAGCUUCUCAUCCUGCUCGUGGCAACCAACAAGAUGGCACUGGAAAUACACUGGAGAAAAGUACAGAAAAACUGUCCACAACAGAGGUUCCACUUGCUUCAAGUGGUUCAGCAGAUGGACGGAAAGAGUCUGAGGACACAGCCUAAAAAUGUGAUGGGUAAAAGAAUGUGGUAUGGUAAUGUUUGUUUACCAUUUGUAGUGAGACUUUAUAGUAUUUUGCUGUUAGAUGUAGCUCUUAAAUCUGUGAUACUAUAGAAUGGUAGUGACAAUAUUAACAUGAUAUUAGUGCCUUUCUUUGAAGACAAUGACAUGUUGAUGCACACCAAGCAAGUCCUCGAUAUCAGGAUCCUUAAAAUUAGGAUCUUAGAUGAAAUUACAUAUUUGUGUAUUACAAAUGUGAUUAUGCAUUUUACGUGAAAACAUUCUAAGAUCUGAAACUUUCAGAACAUUUAAGAAUUUGAUGUGUAUGAGAAUUUCUCAUUUUUGUCCAUCCAACUAAAAAAAGAGUAUUUCCAAUAUAAAAAAGAGUGAAAAAUGAAGAUAAAAUUAAUUUUUCCAAAUUUUUUGUCAUACCAAAGCUCAUCGUCUGAGCUGCAGUUGGUUAAUUUUUUUUUUUAAAUCCAGUCUUUGAUUUAUCUUUAAUAUUGUUGUUCACCAUUUACGUCAUGCUGUUCUCAGCACUGGAUUUAUAGUCUCAUAGUGGAUUUUUGUCACUGUGUAAAAAACAAAACUUACUCAACAUACAACUUUAAAUUCACUAACCUGAAUAUCAGACAUUCUGUUCCCUCCAGAAAUGUUGCUGCAAUGUUGCUUUUGUCCAGUCACAUGGUAUCCGAGAGUACUGUUUACAAAGUGCUUGACAGAAAUGACAAAUAAUGGGAUAACAUUGGUGACAGAUUACAAUGUUUUACCUGUAUUUACAAGCAGCCUAAAUUCACUGUCUGAUGAAUAUCAGCUCACUUUUAGCGGACCUAUUCGUUCCCAGUGAUCAGUACAAAGUACCAGAUUAUAGAAUUCAAGGGACCUUGAGUUGUAUGAAGUUUUUAUGGACUAUUUUGCCCAUAUACUGUAUGUACACAUACGUAUUGUCAUUGUCACUGAAAAACUUUGGGUAACUUGGUUUUUGCUGGGUUUUUUUCACUUUUGUUUAUAUAAUUUGUAUCUAGCAAUUGUUCUUUACAUUGUAAAGUGGCCAUUUGGAGAUACAAGUUUUUGUGUCACAGUGACAAUAUGCAUAUGUGUCACCUGGUAAAAUCUUUUCUCUUUUGGGUUACUCAAGAGAACUGUUUCCCCUUAUCGGUGCAUUGCACUGAACUGUAUUUAGCUCUCUUAGCUUUUUUAUUUUUACUUUUUAUGUGUUCCCCAUCAAUGUUAUCUUUUGCGAUUUGUCCCCACUUUGUUUUAAAGAGGAGGAAUAAAAGCCGAAUGAAAGUCAUGUCAUUCAGAUAAAUGUC